AUGAAUGAAUUUUUGUAUAUUUUUCCAGGCUCUCCAGCAGCGUUUCGAGCGGCGUACCGGAAUUGCAAUUGUUGGCGGCUCGGCGGGGCCUCGGAGCCGCUCCUCCCGGCCCUGGGGAUUAUCACCCCGCUUAUCGCCUACCGCAGUAUAUGGAGCACAUAUACGCAAGCCUUCACAACAGCCCGACAUCGUCUUUGCACGGUAAAUUAUUAUUAUUAUUAUUACCACUCGCGUUUUAUUUUCGAAAUUUCGAUUGUUCAACACUGGCACUGGUCAAUUUUUACAGGGCUUAGUUUUCCUUCGGAAUAUCUCACGUCGAUACCACCGCCGUCAACGGUGGCGAGUACCGAAUUGCCAUAUUCUAUAGAUUCGAGACUUCCCUCGCCUUGUCCUUCUAGUGCUAUAAGACAAAGUAGAAAGCGUGCUUUGUCAUCGUCUCCCUAUUCCGACUCUUUCGACAUCAAUUCUAUGAUAAGGUUUUCGCCAAAUAGUUUAGUUAAUAGUUUAGUUAAUGGGAGUCGGAGUUCGUCAGCGAGCGGAAGUUAUGGACAUUUGUCUGCAGGGGCUCUCAGUCCCGCACUUAACAUGCACAUGCCGCAACUACAGGCUCAUUUGCUUCGGAGUCAAGGACUUUUACCACCUCUGGGUCCGACUUCGCACACACAAGGAUCUCAUGGUAGUUUGUUUUCUAUAUCUCAUCAUCCUUUGGGUUCAACUGCAUCACUUCCAAAAGUUGAAGGAAGACAAGAUUGCAGUAUAAGAGCCGAAGCAGACAGUUUGACUGAUAGAAAGGUAAUUUAUUUAUUUAUUGAUUUUAAAUUUGUUUCUAUUUAUAUCUUUUUAUUCUUGUUAUGUCUGAAACGAGAAAACAAAUUUUUAAAAUUAAAUAAUCAUCUUUCCAAAUCAUUCCAGCAGACUAAUAGAAUCAAAAAAGAAACAAAAACAGGAACCGGAACCGGAGGAGGAGGUGGUGGUGGUACAGAAACGACAAAAUCACCCGAUUGCGGUGAUUUAAAAGAUGAACCCGCGGAUUUCAUCGAAACAAAUUGUCACUGGAAAGAAUGCACUAUGGAAUUUCCAACCCAAGAUGAUUUAGUUAAACAUAUAAACAACGAUCACAUACAUGUAAAUAAAAAAAGUUUUAUAUGUCGUUGGGAAGAUUGUUCUAGAGAUGAAAAACCAUUUAAAGCUCAAUACAUGCUCGUGGUACACAUGCGACGGCACACUGGAGAAAAACCUCAUAAAUGCACGUUCGAAGGUUGUUUUAAAGCAUAUUCGAGAUUAGAGAAUUUAAAAACUCAUUUAAGAUCACACACUGGAGAAAAACCAUACACUUGCGAAUAUCCAGGUUGUUCGAAAGCAUUCAGUAAUGCGAGCGAUAGAGCAAAACAUCAAAAUCGGACACAUUCGAAUGAGAAACCGUACGUUUGUAGAGCUCCCGGUUGUUCGAAAAGGUAUACGGAUCCAAGUUCUCUUAGAAAACACGUUAAAACCGUACACGGAGCUGAUUUUUACGCAAAUAAAAAACACAAAUUAGGGCCAUCACCUGAUCAAGAACCUGACGGGUCAACUAAUAUGCCCUCACCUUCGAGGUCGGAUGAAGGUCAACUAUCAAAAACAACAUCAUUAUCGAGUCCUUCCACUGUUAAAUCCGAAGAAGCGCCUAGUCCUGGUACGAAUCAAGGUUCUCCUCUAUCGAGGCAGCAUGCCGUUUGGGGAGACGAAGUCAGUGACAGUCCACCAUCCGUUUUAGCAGAUCUCGUUGAAGAUGCUAACUGGUCGGAAGACAUCGACUUAGGAUCCGAUCUCAGCGUGGCGGUAACAACGAGAAAUACGAGAAAUCGUCUUAAAUCGAGAUUGCAAGCCAAAGGACUUGCACUAUCGUCUGCUCCGGGCGGAAUGAGAUUGAUAGAUCUCGGAAGAAAAAUAGCAGAAUUAAAAAUGGAACCUAAAAUCCAAGAGCAAACGCGAUUGGGUCCAAAAUCUUGCGGUCCAGGUAUUAAAACGAUACUCGAUAAUAACAGAAGAGAUUCGAAUUCGACGGUUAGUUGCUACGGUACAAUGUCUCACGUGUCAAGUAGACGUAACAGUCAAGCAUCUCAAGCAUCACGUGCCAACAGCUGUGCCAUAGCUUCUUUUUAUGACCCCAUAUCUCCGGGAAGUUCACGUCGAUCGUCUCAAAUGUCACAACCGGGAAGAAGUCCAUCGAUAAUGGGAACAAAUUCUCAAAUAUCAAUGAUGCAUUCACAUCAAUAUGGUACCAUGUGUCAGGGUGGUAAACCUGGAACCGUUAAAACUUUGAUGAGUCCGACAAACAGUCCGAAUUAUCAACCGAUUUCUCCGUUGCCCAAUCACUUGAGUCCGAGUCAUUCUUCGACCGUUGCUCAAAAUAUCCACGCUUUGAGCCCCAAUUCGAAUUCUCUUUGUCCGAAUUUGUUGUGUUCAGACGUUCUCAGUCCUAAUUCAAAUAUUUUAAGUCCCAUUUACAAUUCCAAUGUUAGUUCACUGACAGCAAAUCACAAUAUAAACAGUUCCUCCUUAUCUGUUGGUGUUCAAACUGUAGAUUCCGUACCGACUUUGGCAACAUUAGGCCCUGCUAUGAGUCCGGUUCGAAACAUUUUUACCAACACAUCGAAUUUAGUUCUUCAGACUGCCAACAUGUCACUAAAUGGAGAACUUCCACCGGUUUUACCACCAGUUAAUCCUACUGAACCUUGCUCAGACGUAACGCAGCAGCCAACAAUUGAUCCCCUUCAUCCGAAUCAAGAAGUUCAACUAGAACAGAUUAAUGAAGGCGAAAUGAUUGAAAAUAAAUUAGUCAUUCCCGACGAAAUGGAAAGAUAUUUGAGUCAAGUGGCUGCCAUACUUGAUACUGAUAAUCAAAUCACAGAAUUGUCAUCACCUCCCGACCCGAAAUUAGAAACAAAAACGGAAACUUUUAAUCAAGACUGCAACGCUGAAGUUCACAACAUCCAACAAGUUUUCACAGACUUCAAUUCAAACGACAUGAAUGAUCAAAAUGUUAAAAAACUCAACACAAAUACCACCACCACCACCACAACCAACAACAAUCAAGCACAGCAAAUUGUUAUUAAUCCAGCGGCUCAACAUUCCGAUCCAUCAGACGACAAAUCUACCGUCAGUCAAGCUACCACCAACAUUAAUCAACAAAAUGGAAAUUAUUCAAAUUAUGGAAAUAAUCAAUGUAUAACACAACACGGUCACGAUCAUUAUCCGCCAUCGCACUACCAUCACCACCAUCACGGUUCAUAUUGUUCUCAAAACCAAGGAAACCACCACUAUCACAAUUACCAAACUCAGUUACAAAAUCAACAAGGUAGAGCACCCGAUAGAAACGGUUACAAUUUCAACAAUUACAGGUGUCAUUUAAACAAUGGUACCAAACCUGUACAAACCAAUCAAGUAUGUUCGCAAACUCCCAUUCCGGGACAAAACUAUCAGCAAGAUUUCAAUUCUUCUCUUCAACAUCCUCACCAAUCUUCUUUUUAUCCGUCGUGUCAAAAUCAUUUAUGUUACGCACACGAUCAUUGCACGAAUUGCGUAAACGUUUGCCAGCAAACUCCAAACUAUCCGCAAUGCGGUAACAAUCAAAUACACAAUUGCAACACCGGUCACCAAGUCAUGAACAAUUCUCACACGGUACAUCAAACCGUACCUUAUAAUUCUCAAAUCCAACAAAAUCAAACAAUCAACGGACAAUAUUCACGAUGCGGUUGUAACAAUGGAAACAAUCACGAAGUGAAAACAAAUUGUGUUCAACAUCAUCACAACAAAAUGUGUAGAAGUUGUCACUAUCAGAACAACGGAGUCGGUGUCGUAGGAGGAGGUGUAACGCCUGGAACUCUAAACAAAGACUCGGAAAAAAACAUUUAUAAAAAUUUCAACGGAGAAAAUUACGAUAACGAAAUCCAGUGCACCGACAUUAGCCAAUCCGAAGUGAGAAUGCCACGUGACGCUUACGAAAGAACUCUGGAAUAUGUUCAACAAUGUCAAAUAUGGUCGAACGAAGUUUCCAGUUCCACUCAUCCGACAUCCAACAUGGUCGUCAACGAUUUGACAUCUUCUUUGAAUUCUCUAAUGCAAGAAAAUCGUUUUUUUCAAAUGAUUAAUUAA